AUGACUCAGCCAAGGGUUUUGACAAAAACAAACGGCGACGGCGACGGCGCCGCUGGUGGGUCUAUGGCUGAGGCAGUGAGGCCCCCUCGCCGGGCCAAGGCCAAGACCAGCCGAACUAAAGCCAAGGAAAAGAAGAAAUGUGAAACCCUUCAGAGGGAAGAGUCUGAUGAAGUCUCCCUUCCAAAAACUUCCAGAGAGUGGGAAAUCCCUUCUCCAGUUUGUGAAAUCAGAGGAGACCAGCUGAAGGUGUUAACUGACUCCCAGCCAAAGAAUGAUGCCAAUGAACAAAGUGAGAGUGAAAUGUUUGAUGUACCACUCACCUCCUUAACUAUAAGCAGUGACGGGUCCCUGACAUGUAACAUUGAAACCCAGAAGGCAGUGGGAGAGGUCAGAGCCUGUGCUGAGGAUGAAGAAAUCAGGCCGAAGUUCGACCCUGGGGACAGUGUUGGAAGGAAAGUGGAGACCUCCAGAAACUUUACAGAAAUAGAGGAACAUAAAUUGGUCCACUGUGGACCUUCAGAAAGCACACUGCAGUCUGGUUUUUCUCAUAUUCAGCAGAAAGUGGGAGAAGUACAGGUCAGAGAAACUCAGAGUAGGGCAGAAGACAAACCAGCGCUGGGUCUUUCUUCAGAGGUGCUGCACAAUGUUGGCUUGCAGAGUUCUUGUGAAGCCAUGGAUGUUUUUCAGCCUCCUAAAGUGAAAAAAUUGUAUCCCCAGUUACCAGCUGAAAUGACUGGAGAAGAACCAGCUUUGGUGGCCGUGAAACCCUUAUUUCGUAAUGAACGACUCUACCCAGAACUCCCAUCUGAGCCAGAGCUAGUACCAUUUACUAAAGAACAACUAAAAAUCUUUGAGCCUGGCUCAUGGCUGGAAAAUGUUGAGUCAUACUUAGAAGAAUUUGACAGCAUGGCUCAUCAGGAUAGGCAUGAAUUUUAUGAGUUGCUUUUGAAUUACUCACGAUGUAGGAAGCAGCUGCUGCUGGCUGAAGCUGAGCUCCUUACCCUGACAUCUGAUUGCCAAAAUGCUAAAAGUCGACUGUGGCACUUCAAGGAGGAGCAAAUGUCUGUACAGGGUAUCUGUGCAGAUCAAGUGAAAGUCUCAGGCUAUCAUCGCUACCAAAGAGUAGAGAUGAGUGGAGACGCACUGGGGGAGCUAAAGAAGCUAUUUGAUGCCAAAUCUGAGCACCUCCACCAGACCCUGGCUCUGCACUCUUACACAUCUGUGCUCUCGAGGUUGCAAGUGGAGUCUUACAUCUAUGCACUGCUCAAUACUUCGGCUGUUCUGAGAUCUUUAGCAAUUCAUGAGCAAGGUCAAGUGUCUAAACAGUCAGAAAGUGUUUCCUCUGACCUGUGUCAGCUAAAGGAGUGCAUUAGUGUCUUAUUCAUGUUCACCAGGAGAGUUCAUGAAGAUGCACAAUUCCAUGAUGACAUUCUUCUCUGGCUGCAGAAAUUGGUGUCAGUGUUACAGAGAGUUGGCUGUCCUGGAGAUCACCUCUUCCUUCUGAACCACAUUCUUCGAUGCCCCGCUGGUGUUAGUAAAUGGGCUGUUCCUUUCAUCCAGAUCAAAGUGCUGAAUAACCCGUCAGGGGUCUUUCACUUCAUGCAGUCCCUUGCCCUGCUCAUGUCUCCUGUCAAAAAUCGAGCAGAGUUCAUGUGCCACAUGAAGCCCAGUGAGCGGAAACCAUCCUCCUCGGGGCCGGCGUCAGGGACCUGGACCCUGGUAGAUGAGGGAGGAGAAGAGGACGAAGAUCCUGAGACUAGUUGGAUUCUCCUUAAUGAAGAUGAUUUGGUUAUCCUUUUAUCACAGUUUCCGUUUCAUGAACUCUUUCAACAUCUUCUUGGGUUUAAGGCAAAAGGUGAUUAUUUACCUGAAACAACAAGACCUCAAGAGAUGAUGAAAAUUUUUGCCUUUGCCAACUCAUUAGUGGAACUUCUGGCUGUGGGGUUAGAAACCUUUAAUAGAGCACGCUAUAGGCAGUUUGUGAAACGCAUUGGCUAUAUGAUCAGGAUGACCCUUGGCUAUGUGAGUGACCACUGGGCACAAUAUGUGAGCCAUAAUCAAAGCUUGGGCUUGGCCCUGCAGCCCUACUCCAUGGAGAAACUACAGGUUGAGUUUGAUGAGCUGUUUCUCAGGGCUGUUCUACAUGUGCUGAAAGCUAAAAGACUUGGCAUUUGGCUGUUCAUGUCUGAAAUGCCCUUCGGGACGCUGUCGGUGCAGAUGCUGUGGAAGCUCCUCUACCUCAUGCAGCGGGCAGAGAGCGGGGGCCUGGAGAAGCUGUGCGCCAGCCUCCAGCCCGCCCAGUGCAAGCAGCAGCUCCAAGACCCAGAGCAUUUUCUGAACUUUGAGAAGUGUCUUUCUUCCAUGAAUAGUUCAGAAGAGAUUUGCCUUCUGACUACAUUUGCUCAAAUGGCACAAGCCAAAAGAACCAACGUGGAUGAAGACUUCAUCAAAAUCAUUGUUCUGGAGAUAUAUGAGGUGUCUUAUGUCACCCUGUCCACCCGAGAGACUUUUUCAAAGGUUGGUCGAGAGCUUUUAGGAGCCAUCACAGCUGUUCACCCUGAGAUCAUUUCGGUCCUUUUGGAUAGAGUUCAGGAGACCAUUGAUCAGGUGGGAAUGGUUUCUUUAUACUUGUUUAAAGAAUUGCCUUUGUAUCUUUGGCGACCUUCUACCUCUGAGAUAGCUGUAAUUCGGGAUUGGCUAUUGAAUUAUAACCUCACAGCGGUGAAGAAUAAACUGGCCUGUGUUAUUCUAGAAGGACUGAAUUGGGGAUUUGGUGAACAGGGUGUCCUUCAUCUGAAUCAAGCCGUCCAUGCUGAAGUGGCUCUAAUGGUCCUUGAGGCCUACCAGAAGUACCUUGCACAGAAGCCAUAUGCUGGGCUUCUUUCUGAAAGUAUGAAGCAGGUUUCCUAUUUGGCCAGUAUUGUUCGCUAUGGAGAGACACCUGAGACCUCAUUUAACCAAUGGGCCUGGAACUUGAUUUUGAGGUUAAAACUGCACAGAAAUGAUUGUGGAAUACAGCAGAAUUGUCCAUCUGUUCCUUUCUCCAGCACUGUCCCUGACAUGACAGAGUCACCCACGUUUCAUCCUCUCUUAAAGGCUGUCAAAGCAGGCAUGCCCAUUGGCUGUUAUCUCACCUUGUCCAUGACAGCUGUGGGCCACAGCAUUGAGAAGUUCUGUGCGGAAGGCAUCCCGCUGUUGGGCAUUCUGGUCCAGUCGAGACAUUUGAGAACGGUCGUCCACGUUCUGGAUAAGAUUCUGCCUUUGUUCUACCCUUGCCAGUAUUACCUUCUGAAGAAUGAGCAGUUUUUGUCACACCUCCUCCUGUUCUUGCACUUGGACAGCGGCGUCCCUCAGGGUGUCACACAGCAGGUCACCCACAAGGUGGCACAGCACCUGACGGGAACCAGCCACGGGGACAGCGUGAAGCUUCUCAACAGCAUGAUCCAGGCGCACAUAUCCGUAAGCACUCAGCCUAACGAAGUGGGUCCUGUUGCUGUAUUGGAGUUCUGGGUUCAGGCUUUGAUAAGCCAACAUCUUUGGUACCGGGAACAACCCAUCCUCUUCCUCAUGGACCACUUGUGUAAAACAGCUUUUCAGCUGAUGCAAGAAGACUGUGUGCAGAAAUUACUGUACCAGCAACACAAGAAAGCCCAGGCCCAGCUGAAGCUCCCCAUCGUCCCGUCCCUCCAGAGGCUGCUGAUUUAUCGUUGGGCCCACCAGGCUCUGGUCACACCUUCUGAUCACCCUCUUCUGCCACUCAUCUGGCAGAAGUUCUUCCUCCUGUAUCUUCAUCGCCCAGGCCCGCAAUAUGGAUUGAGUAUGGAAGGUGACUUUGAUUUUGAAGGUGUGAAUAAGAAUGAAGCAAUAAGCCAGCAGCUCCACGUUUUGCGGAAAGAAGUAAAGCAUUUGCAAGCAGAAGCUGCUCAGCCACCAUCACUUCAUAUUGUGGAAGCCGCUGUGCAUGCAGAAAACUUGAUUACGGCCUUAGUGAAUGCCUACAAGUUGCAGCCUACACCUGGAGUUCAGAAAGUUGGCAUUGGCCUCUUCUUCACUGUUGUGGAUUAUGUCAGCGAUGAGACACAGCGCCAUCCUCCUACAAGGCAGUUCUUUACAUCAUGCAUAGAGAUCUUGGGACAGGUGUUUAUCAGUGGCACUAAAUCAGAAUGCAAGAAGGUGCUUCAGACCAUUCUGAAGAAUAGAAGGCUCUGCUCGCUUUUGUCUCCUUUCUUCACUCCCAAUGCUGCCCCCACAGAAUUCAUUGAGCUGUACGAGAAAGUGGUCAAGUUUCUAAGUGAGGACAAUAGUGACAUGAUUUUCAUGCUGCUGACCAAGUUCGAUCUUAAGCAAUGGCUAUACUCCACUAAACCUCCUCUGUCUGAUCGUACCAGGCUUCUGGAAUCCAUUCAUUUGGCACUUACUGCCUGGGGCCUUGAACCAGAUGGAGAAAUUUUGAUGCCAUUUAAUCUUUUCUGUAAGCACUGGACUUACCUUCUUCUCUACCAGUUCCCUGAUCAGUACAGUGACAGUCUCAGACUGCUGAUGCAAAGCUCUGCUGAGCAGCUGUUGAGUCCCGAGUGUUGGAAAGCCACUCUGAGAGCCUUGGGCUGCUGCACCCCAGACGGCCAGCAGGGGGCAGCUUCUGCCGAGACCACGGUGCUGCAAAACUCUCCAGAUGUUCUCUUGUCAGAUAAGCAGGUAAUGGAGACUAUACAAUGGCUCUCAAACUUUUUUUAUAAGCUUCGGUUAUCCAAGUUGGACUUUAAGAGUUUUGGCUUAUUCUCAAAAUGGAGUCCUUACAUGGCUGAUGUGAAGACACUCUUGGGCUAUCUUGUGAAAAGGCUGAUUGACUCUGAAAUGGCCUGCUUGGCCCAAGACCCAUCUGCCAGCAGCAAAACUGUGCUGAGAUUGCUACAUUCAGUGAUCAUCCAGCUCUUUAAGCCAUGGAUCCUGGUUUUAGAGGACACUGAAAGCAACCAACGACAUUACCCCUGGUUGGAGAGUGAUGCUGUUGUGGCCUCAAGUAUAGUGCAGCUAUUCACUGACUGUAUUGGCUCAUUACAUGAGAGUUUUAAAGAUAAGCUGUUGCCAGGUGACGAAGGAGCCCUGCGAUUACACCUGAUGCAUUAUUGUGAAGCAUGUACAGCACCCAGAAUGCCAGAGUUCAUUCUGUACGCAUUCCACAGUGCAUACCAGAAACUCCAGUGGAAGGACCUGCACCCUGACCAGAUGCUUAUGGAGGCCUUCUUCAAAGUGGAACGAGGGAGCCCCAAGAGCUGUUUUUUAUUUUUGGGGUCUGUACUCUGUGAAGUCAAUUGGGUUAGUGUGCUCUCUGAUGCCUGGAAUCCCAGUCCCCACCCUGAAACCAGAAGCAUGAUUGUCUGCCUCCUGUUCAUGAUGAUUUUAUUGGCAAAGGAAGAUCAACUAGUCGACCAAGCAGAUUCACCUUUACUCAGUCUCCUUGGACAGACGAGCUCACUUUCCUGGCAUCUGGUGGAUAUUGUCUCAUACCAGAGUGUGAUAGGUUAUUUCAGUAGCCAUUACCCACCAUCCAUCAUCCUGGCUAAAGAAUCUUCUGCCGAAUCAAUAGUGAAGCUCCUAAAAGUGUCUGCGGGCCUUUCCAUUCCAAUCGAUGGCCAAAAACAUCUUGAUGCAGUUCCAAAGUGCCAAGCUUUCACUCAUCAGAUGGUCCAGUUUCUCAGUACCCUGGAACAAAAUGGAAAAAUCACCUUAGCAGUCCUAGAACAGCAAAUGUCUAAGCUCUUAGAUGAUAUUAUUCUCUUUAACCCACCUGACAUGGACAGCCAGACCCGCCACAUGGCCCUCAGUAGCCUCUUUGUGGAAGUCCUAAUGAUGAUGAACAAUGCGACUGUUCCAACUGCAGAGUUCCUCCGGGGCAGUAUCCGGACCUGGAUUGACCAAAAAGUGCGUGGGCUGGAGGUGCUGCCCCUUUUAACAGCAGCCUGCCAGAGCCUGGCUUCCGUCCGCCACAUGGCUGAGACUACAGAAGCCUGCAUCACAUCCUACUUCAAAGAAGACUUGCUCAAUCAAAACUUAGGAUGGGGCCCCAUUCUGGUAUCCCUGCAAGUUCCUGAGCUCACCAUAGAAGAAUUUCUGCAGGAGUGCCUGUCCCUUGGCAGUUACUUGACUCUCUAUGUUUACUUGCUGCAGUGUUUAAAUAGUGAACAGACUCUAAGGAAUGACAUGAAAGUGUUGCUCAUCUUAAGCAAAUGGUUGGAACAGGUGUAUCCAAGCUCUGUGCAGGAAGAGGCCAAGCUGUUUUUGUGGUGGCACCAGGUCCUGCAGCUGGCCCUGGUACAGACAGAACAGAAUGACGCAGUCUUGAUGGAAGCUGUCAUUCGAAUUCUGCUUAUGCUUCAGAGCAGGCAGAGCCUGGUGGCCGAGGAGAGGCUAAGUUCUGGGAUUCUGGGAGCAAUCGGGUUGGGCCGAAAAUCACCCUUGUCUAACAGGUUCCGAGUGGUCGCCCGCAGCAUGGCUGCCUUCCUUUCAGUUCAGGUUCCUACAGAUGACCAGAUCCGACUGAAGCCUGGCUCUGAAUUACAUCUCACUCCAAAAGCUCAGCAGGCUCUGAAUGCUCUUGAAUCCAUGACAUCAAGUAAGCAGUAUGUGGAAUACCAGAAUCAGGUAUCUCAAGCGAGCCAGUUUAUAAAGCAUCCUGGCCAUUGCCUCCAAGAUGGGAAGAGCUUCCUGGCUCUUCUUAUUAACUGUCUCUACCCAGAAGUGCAUUAUUUGGACAACAUACGAUAG